GAAAGUUGCUCCCUGCGCCAUGCAGUUCCCACUCGGCCCGGGAGUUUGCGCGGGACUGGCGGAGCUGAAGCCCAGGCGCCAAACAGGGUGGCAGGACGUGAAAGAGAGCUGGUCCGUUCCUAGGGCUGUUCUCUCCCUUCCAAGACCGUGGUGGAGUCCCAGCCUGGUUGCAUGUGAGAAUUGCACCUUCUCUCCGGGCGUCCUUUUCUCUGCCUUUCUGCUUGACCCAAGAAGAUUGCUUUCGGAGGGCUGGAGCCAAGGAUCCUUCGGAGACGGAGACAGCCCAGGGAGCACCGCAGGAGAACAGUCCCUGACAAGAGGCGGUGAUGCUGGGGGGAUCUCGUUGGGGCUGUGCAUCCCCUGUGCUAAGUGGGGAGAGGCGAGGAGCUGGGGGGCUGGAGCUGUUACUCCUGCUGGUCCUUUCGGGCUGGGUUUGGGCUCAGCAGCCACAACCACAAAUCCUCGCCUGCCCUGCGCUAUGUGAGUGCUCCGAGACAGCCCGGACAGUGAAGUGUAUCAACAACAACUUGACGGAGGUGCCGCCUGAGCUGCCGUCUGUCGUGCAGGGCCUCUUCCUCGCCCAUAACUGCAUCAGCAACCUCUCUUCUGCCUCCUUCCUCUCCGCCUCCCUGUCGGAGCUCACCAUCCUCGACCUGAGGGGAAACCAGCUGAGCUGGGUGGGCGCGGAAACUUUUGCUGGGCUGCCCCACCUAAAGCAGUUGGACCUCAGCGACAAUUUGCUCACUUGGCUCAGCCCCAUGGCCCUGGGCAACGUCAGCAGCCGCUUGGAAGAACUGGACCUGAGCAGCUCCCUCUACAACAACAGUUUUGUGGUCCUGGUGGCUGAGCUGCUCCAGACGGGCACGCUCCUCAACUUGAAGCGCUUGGACCUCUCGGAUAACAAUCUGAUUUAUCUGCCGGCCAAGAUGUUCUCUGCACUGCCCAGACUGGAGCACCUAGACGUGCAUAACAACUCCCUGGUGAGUUUGCGUAAUGUGUUCUUGGGGAGCCUCCAACAGCUGCAUACCUUCAAUCUCGGUGGCAACGGUUUCAAGACCCUGAGGAACGACACCCUCCAGCAGCUCCAGGGCCUCCCUUUGCUGUCGCUCAAUCUCAGUGGCAACCCCUGGGUUUGCGACUGCCACAUCGAGGACUUGGUGAACUGGCUGAAGGAGAGCAAGCCGGUUGAGGCCAAAGAUUCCUUCGAGUGCUCCUACCCCCAGGAGUUGCAAGAACGCUCUUUGGUGAGCAUCAAUGUGUCCGAACUCGACUGCCCUUUUCUGAUCGACGACCAGACCCCGCUGCAGACUUCUUACGUCUUCCUCGGGAUAGUCUUGGCCCUCAUUGGUGCCAUUUUCCUCCUGGUUUUGUAUUUGAACCGAAAGGGGAUCAAAAAGUGGAUGUAUAACAUCAGGGAUGCCUGUAGAGACCACAUGGAGGGCUAUCACUACAGGUACGAGAUCAACACAGAUCCCAGGCUAACAACCCAGAACUGCAACUCCGAUGUCUGAAGAAGUACUACGGGGAAAUGGACCUGAUGCAUAAUAGCCCUGCAUGAAAUGUAGACUUUAAUUCUUUCCCUUAACCCCUUACCUGCUUCCACUCCACUUUUCACCUAGACACCAGAGACUUCACUCGUGCAGAGAAUUAUGUUUCCCUGCACAACAUUCACAUUAUUGUUGUUAUGAAUGUGGUGCAUGGUAUUAGGCAGCCUGUGCCAUUGCUACUUUCCUUUGCAACUCGCUGCCAGCUUGUUCUUGGAUAUUUCUUAGCAUCUAAACAGAUAAGGAAUGUUCCCUCUUUGUUUCUCCCUCUUGAUAUUUUCAAAGAGUGAGCGUAUAUUAAAAAGCACCAUUCAACAAAGACUGCCUCAACUUUUUUUGAGAGAGAAACAUGCUACUGAUUGCUGGCAGGGUUGUUUUUGUGCCUCAUAAUUUGUGAAAAGAUUUAUAGAUACCAUACAUAUUUAGAAAAGGGGCAUGUAGAGACAAGCAAGUAAACAGCAAGCAUGCAAAAAGGGAAAAACCCUUAGCCCAAGUAAAAUCGUAUCCCUCAGACAAGUAAAUUGGUUAUCUGCAUGCUUGCUCUUUCCUUGGUUGUUUGUACAAACCACUUUAUGGGUUUGCUUUUGGUAAAAAAAUACAAGCAUUUGCAAUUCAUUUGAAAACGUGUUUUUUAAGCAGUUCUCACAUAAAUUGCGUAUGAAGUGAGUUUGCACUGUUAAACAAGUCAAUAACUGUUUCUGUUUUGCUAUACAGCAGGCUAUCUUCUUAUAAUAAGGAAAUUAAGCCCCCCAAAUGAUAUUCUUCCCUUUUUGAUUAGAAAUUGUGCAAAAUAUGAAAUAAUAUCCUUUUUUUAAAAAAAUAUUUGUUUGGAAGAAUGUCAUCAAUGUAGUUUAAUUUUAGACAGACUAGAAAAAUGCAAAGUUAACAAUAAUUUGCACUUUUUUGGUUAAACUGCAUGUGAACUACCAUUUCUCUUAUUAUGCAAGCUCAUUUUACACCGUCUGUUGUGACCUAGGAGUGGAUGUACAACAACUCUUAAGUGGAAAGAGAAAGGAUUAAAGGGCAGUGGUUUUGGAGCAAUCGCUGAAAUUGGGAGCAGGAUCUUGCUGCUGAAUAAUGGGCACUUGUACCUUUUUUAAAAAAUCUAUGCAAACAUUACUUUUGGCAACUGGGUGGGAAUUACUCUCAGAUGCAUGUGAUAAAUCUUAAACUGAAAAUGCAUAUUUCGUUGAAUUAAAAUAUGGAUUGUUUCAUUGUUCUCAGCUUAUGUAAACCCAGUAAAUUGUGAUUUAUUCAACAAACUAUGAUUAAACCAAUGGUGGCUUGAUGAUGAACACAUGAACCCAACCAUAAUGUAGCACGAGUUUCAAUGACAACCCAUCUCUGGAAAAAGUAGUAUUCCAAGUGUUUAAUUGGACUAAAUUAUACCUAAUGUAUCUAAGCUGCAAUAAUUAGACCAUGGAUCUAGAAGCACAUACUUUUAGAAAACUAAUAUAAUGAUAGUAUUAAGCCGUAGUCCUGUGGAGUGGCUUACUCCCAUAUAAGCAUGCUUAGUUAUAUUGUCUGAUUAUAAAACAACUUUGUUGAAGUCAGCAUGGUCUUAGUUUUCAGUUGAGAAAUUGUACAUCUUCAGACCUCAAGGGGGGAGGCUGACAUAACUGUUCACCAAACUGGAGAUAAUAUUAUACAAGUCUAGUCUUCAAACCUUAGCUAAUAUUCACAAGGAAUAACAUAACAUCUGUGCAAAUGUAUAUUUUAUGGUUUAACUUGUGCAUGGCUAUGACUUUAUGUGUAUCUUUGCACAUUUAUAGGGAAGAAUGCUUUGCAAACCAUAGUGUCACCUUCAGUCUGAGCAUAGUGAUAGUGCAGGAAGUGUAUUAAACACAUUCUUCUUUGAUAAAACUGGAAUGCAUGAACUGUGAUGCCAAUCUGCAUAUCAGCUCUAAAUAGAUACAUUUUACUUUCUGUUAGCAAUUUUUGGAAAGUUGUAUAUCACAUUCUUGGUAUUGCUUGUGAAGUACUAGGUCUAAUAAAUCACAAAUAAGUUUACUAUAGCAAUAAGCAAUCUUACCCAUAUUUCCAACUAAAUCAAUGGCAUGGAAAUCUAUGUAUGUAUAAAGUAAUUAACAUUAUUCAGAAUGUUUAUAGC